AAGACCAACGACAGUUCCAGGUUCGCAGGACAACAAGUAGGUCCAGGAUUAACGUCCAACUGCCGACACCUACGGUUGGAGCCUUCGAAAUUUCGUGCAGUGCUGUGUUCUCUUUCUGCAAUUCAAUUUGUCGAGAAGUUCCAAAAAGCGGAACCCCGAGUCUAAACGUGCCGAUUUUAGCAAAGUGAAGCGGUCGGUAUGGCAGAUCAGCCGCCCCGCCAAAGCCCGGACGCCUCCUCGGUGACCAGCGAAGGCUCACCUCCUCACCAAGGCAAAAACCCGACACCCGUGGACGCCAUAGCCUUAAUCAAAUCCACCUCCAAUCUCGCUGAUUCCUCGGAUGAAAGGGAGUCCCUGUCCGCCCCCUCGAUCCCCGCACUCUCAAGAAUCCCUGAAAGCCCCCUGAAGAAGGCCGGGAAGCAUCCGGGACGCAGACCCCGCCACAUACCCAACGACGGGAUGUACUGGAGCGGGAUCGAUACAUCGGAUCAAUCGGGGACCCAGGAGCCCGAAUCCUCCUCGAUAAUCAGCGAAAACUCCCUCUCUCGUCUGGUCAGAAGUUCGACGCCGGAUGAAAGCAGCUCCAUGGACAUCACCAGCCACUCGCCCCCCUCGACUUCCUCGCAUUCAAACACCCCUCGUCAGUCCGGAAGGAGUUCGAAGCAUGAAGAGCAUGACCCCUGCUGCGGGGUGAAUUGGAACAAUUGGUUCCCGAAUAUGUGCUCAUGUCUACACGCCGGAAGCAGCAGUAGCACCACUCAUUCCGGUGGCACAUCGAGUUACGAAAGACUCGGAAGUGCACCGAGUACGUAUGAAUUUGGCAAUCUACUAAACGCUAAUCAGCCUUCCAUGCCUCGCUGCGACACCGAUAGUGACAGACAGCAGGAAUUGUACUUCUUCAACGACGAUCAGAGCUUUCAAACCGUUAUCGUUGAGAAGAAUCUUCGCGCUAUCGAUCUUUGUCAAAUUUUGGCGUUGAAAAAUCGCGUCGCUAAGGAUAGGUCAUGGACGAUAGUGGAAAGUUGGCCUGACCUUGGAUUGGAGAGAAGUUUGGAGGAUCACGAGGAUGUUCUGAGCAUUCAUAGAGACAUGGAAUUCUACGCUCCAAGUCUUGCAAAGCGAUUUGUAUUCCGGCAGGAUUUUAGAAAAUACGAAUUCUUCCACGAGCCGAAGCAAUUCUUUCCCGAGGAUAUGGUCGACUUUAACAGUAGCGAAUUCGAGGGACCUUUUACGGAUAAGCACGUGGCGAUGCAGAACCUGCUCACUACAGUAGGAAAGUGUCCUCCUAUAUUCAGUUCUGCCUGGAUACGAGAUCCAGGUAAGAACGUGUGGGCUAAGAUUUACAUGGUACUUCGUGGCAGUACGCUUUACGCCUCGCCGAAGGUGCAUUUAGUCAGCCGUGUGAUACGACAGUGGCGACAUUCAGAGACUUCGGCAGGGUCUUCCGAAGGAACUCCCAGACGCUCCCCCUCAAAGUCUUCCGAAGGAACUCCCAGACGCUCCCCCUCAAAGGGUGCGGACCAGCUCGAGGUGUUGGCCCAUCUUCCGGACCACCACGUCUACUGGACCCUGAACGCCAAGAAGCAAUUUCGCGCCCCUACCGAGUGGGGCAUCUGUUUGAGACCGUCCGCCAACACAGAGGUUAAAGGUACAGCCGGGACUGAGUUCCGGUGCAUUACUUUCGAGAACGAGAAGACGCGCUCCUGCUGGAUCGUAACCAUGCGUCUCGCCAAGUGGUGUGCUGCUUUGUUGCAGUACGGCAAGCAGCUGAGAGAAAACUACAGGGCGUUCAAAAACAAACAAUGCGAGCCGACGGUCAGUCCGAAGGAAUACAACAGCUACACGGUGCCAAACGAAUCCGUGAGGUCGCGGGUGGCGAUGGACUUCACCGGCAGUGUUGGCCGGAUAGUCGAAGACCCCAAGGAAGCGAAGGCGAUCGCCGUUGCCGAAGGAACAUCCUGGAAACGGAGGUGGAGGCCUGCCUCUCGGCCACCCCCUGAUCACCACAACCUCGUAAGGGUUCAGGGACUCGAAGCCGGUGUUCACAUAACUCAGCCGUGGUUUCACAGCGGCAUGAGUAGGGAUCAGGCUGCAAAUCUCGUCAACAAACACGGCACCGUCGACGGAGUUUUCCUCGUCAGAGAAAGCAGAAGUAAUCCAGGCGCCUUUGUUCUGACAUACAAAUCUGGGGGAAAAAUUCUCCACACUCAAAUACAACCGAUAAUGGACCACGUGCGAGAGACUUACUGCUACUCGCUGGACAGCGGCAUCACAAAAUUCUACGACCUGCUGCAGCUGGUUGAAUUCUAUCAACUGAACGCCGGCUGCCUUCCGACGAGGUUGACGCACUACGUGGUCCAAAGUCCGUCGGGUCCGAUUCUCCAGGAGGACACGUCGACGGGAAGUUUGUCGCCGGGAUCUUCACCGGGGCCUCGAUACUCGCCAUCCUCAACACCGCGAACCCCGACACCCACCGUCACUCCGGUGAAGCCUUCGAGCUUCUGAGUAUAUGGGUGUGAGCAGCCCGUUGCUGCGAUGACGACGACGACGCCGACGACGAAGACAAAGACAAGAACAACAAUAACAAUAACAACAACAACGACGACGACGAAAAAUCCGACAAAUAGCAUUUCGGAGAGUAUUUAUUCCCAGUCUUCGAAGCCGGCGAGUGAAAGAAAAAAGAGCUGCAACACUGUCAGCACCGCUGGCAAAGAUAAUGUUGUUGUUGUUGUUGUUGGCGGUGGUGAUGGAGAUGGAAAGUGUAAUCGACGCAAUAAUAGUAAUAUUGAUAACAAUAACGUUAAUGAUAAUCAUCGCAAUAGCAAUAAGAACAUCAUCAACAACAACAACAACAACAUCAACAUCAACAUCAGCACCAACAG